AUCAUUUAAUUUGUGUAACGUUUUCGCCUUGACCAAACUUUCGACGUUAAAUGCAUUACAUGUAUUCCUAGUAUUUUCUUUAAUUUCCUCAUCAUUCUUUCAAUUUGUUCUUAAAUCUAAUGGAUGGCGCCGCCGCCACCCCCAACAAUGUCAGCCAGAACAAUGACCGCCGGCAAGAGCUUUGGUGCUACCAUUGUUACAAAACAGUCGCCCUCUCAUCUUCUGAAACAACAAGAAUAUGUCCAACAUGUUCCGGCCAUACUUUAGUCGACUUCAUUUCUGCAUUUGUGGACAACCAGCUCUGUUUUUGGUGCUACCAGUGUCAAACGUACGAACUCUCAUCACCUUCUUGUCGGGACAUGAACUGCCCUCGAUGUACCAAUCCCAUGUUUCAUAUUUACAGAAUCGCAAUAAGCCCACCAAGCCGCCGAGUUGACGUUAUAUUAAGAUUGCCUCCCGGAGUGGACCCUCCACCCCCCACAAACAACGCUUUAGGUCCCAUGCUUGCUCUCCUCCAAGUCAUAAUAGAAACCCAUCUUACCGGCUCUUCCCGGCCACCUCCGGCGCCGGAAUCAGUAAUUGAUGCAAUACCCACCGUGAAAAUCACGGAGUCUCAUAUGUCAGGUGACUCGCCGGUGGCUUUAUGUCCGGUGUGCAGGGAAGAGUUUGAGGUUGGUGAGGAAGCACGAGAGUUGUCGUGUAAGCAUAUCUAUCAUAGUGAUUGUAUUGUUGAAUGGCUGAAGAGGUUUAGUAAUUCUUGUCCUCUCUGUCGGUGUGUAACGACGACAACUACGACAACGACAACGACAGCUAGUGUUCUUGAACGUGAGAGGGGGGUGGUGAUGAUGAGAAGUGGUGGAAGAUGGUCAACGUUAAGAAAACUUGUUGGAGAUUAUUUGGGGAUAGUUGCAGAACAUUUGAUGCAGCAGCUCGCUAUGUUUGCUUGGUUGCCUUUUGGAGCAAGGUGGUAUUACAUGCUUGCUGGUGCAUGAAAUUGAUGAAGAAAUUCUACAUGGUUGGAGGGUGGUGCAUGAAAUUGAUGAAGAAAUUCUACAUGGUUGGAGGGUUUGUAUUUCAUUCUUAAAACUACUUCGAGUAGAAGUUGGGGUGUUUGGGAGAAAAUACAGAAACACUUCUUGUGCUCCAAAUUAUACACUCCUAAAAGUAGUUUUUUAGAAGCUGGGGGAGACCAGCUUUUGAAAAUUGAUUAGUUCCAAACACCUCCUUAUUACAUGUGUUCUACCUUGGCUUGACAUAAUUAAUAUUACCUUCAUCCCGCUAUGAUUGUCCCAUUUUACCUUAUCGGUCCGUCCCACUAAGAUCGUC